UUGUCACAAGGAUCAAUCCAGUGGACCAUUAGGGAACCACAGGAGCCUGAUCAGGCCAAAAUCCCCCAAAGCAGCGAAAAAGCUCCCGGCCUUCGUGUGGCACUUGACUCGCUUUCGACGCGAUCGUCGCAGACCAUACGAGGGUACCAAAGGACGCAAGAUGGAGCCAAAGGGGCCUUGACGGGCACGUCAACACAGAACCACGUGGUACAGCAUCCAACAGUCACCACCCAGGUCACCACAGACCUACCCGGCCCGUGCUUGUGAUAGAUAGCACAAGCCUUUUCCGUCCAGAAGAUAUGGGCCAAAAUACCAGAUCCGCUUUUCUCGAGACCCCCUUCGAGAUUCGAAGUCGCAUAUACGAUCUUGCAAUACUGCCGCAAUAUCUCAAGGCUCAGCAAUUCGUGGAUCCUGACUUCCCACCACGCCAGGGACCUGUCCCGAGCUCAAGAGACAUCCCAAGCCUAUUCUUCGUCAGCAAAUCAAUCUAUCACGAGGCGGCUGCCGUCUUCUACUCGAGGGCCACCCUGCUCAUUUCCCCUAUACGUCCACCAGAGUACAUUUGGGACGCUCUCAGUGCCCCACGGAAUGGCUACCAGCUGAAUACAGACUUGGACUUGCAUUCCACUUUUGCUCGUUAUCCGCAUCAACAUCUCAAACGCAUUCAAACCUGCCGCAUCUACAGUGGCCAGUCUGAUGCUAUCAGUGCUGAAGCGUAUGAUUCACUGCUCCGGUGGUUGGCCACCUUCACUUCUGUGCGGACUGUUUAUCUAUCUCAACGCCUAAUGACCAGAUUGCGGCACUCGAGAAGUGACCUCGUUGCGAUUCAUGGAAUAUGCGCGUGCGCCCGGGGAUUAUCCGUGUUCAGAACCAUGUACGUAUACUCAGAAUUCCGUCGGACACCGUGGGAGCGAUCACAAAUUUCACGAUUGCGGAAAGCUUUGAGAGGACGACAACUUCCAGACCUACAAGCCUACAUCCUAGAUCAGUCGAGCAGAAGUGAUGCGCUUCUAGAUCCGCGUUGGGAUGCUCGAGGCAGCGAUGACGAUGAGAGACUCGCUAUGUUGGAUGACGUCUCAGCGUGGAUCGACUCACUUUUGGCCUCCGAUGCUGCUGGUCAUGCUCGCCCAGCAACACAGGAGGGACAUAAACUCUAUCAAAUAUGCUUUGUAUUUGACAAGCCAGCGUGAAGGAGAGCCGCUUGUCCCAAACUGAGUUACAAGGACCAAUGAGCUACACAGGCAUCAAACCCCCAGUUUCCAGCAAUCCCCGGCCAUCUCGACUUGGGACUCGGCCAUGUUUUGUCAAGGGACUCCUCCAAGAAAUCAAGUCUGUCCAAAAGACAGUGCCGCACACUUGCAUAUAUGCUGGAAGUGCUCUAGGUUCACUGGGCAAAGCCACUGAGGUAGUUACAGAACCAAUAAACUCGUCCAUCUUCCAAGAGUCCUAGGCUCUGGGGCAAA